CAGCUGUUCAACAAGAUGAGGUACUUGCCUCGAUGGUAUGGAAAGCCAGCAUCGUGUUGUGAUAAGUUGAUCAUCGUGCUGGAUCGUACUCUCGAUGUUCGCGUCUUCUCAGGUGCUCUUCCAUGAGACAAUACCUGACCAGCCUGGACUUUGGCUUCCGAUAACAAUCGAAGAGACUACCCCGUAUGUCAAGCCGUCACGAACUGACACACGAGUCCGCAGCAGUCCGUAACCUUCCAGGGAUAGCCGGACUGCCACUACGUUCACUCUUUGUCUACGAGUAUUCGCGCCUCCAUAAUACUUCCCACAUCAUACUUCCAUCAACAUAACACGUCAUUCAACUCUGAUCUGUCAGCCUGCCAGCAUCAUGGAGAAUGAUCAGUCUCAGAAUGCUCAAAUUCUCUUCCAACAACGUCGGUAAUGCCACCAAACAACUUGACAAUCACCACUGUGGUCGUCAGUAUUAGUCUGGUCCUUCUCUUCUUCCCAAUAUGGGUAACCGUCCUACCAUCUCGAAAUUCUGAGUACACACCCAAAACGACGAACAGCAUACCAGAUAUAUACUUCUACAACAACAAUCUACAAGACAACAAUCACAGGAACAGAGAAUUCAUGCCCAACGCCAUCACAAGCGCCUUACCCUUCCUACAAUAGGAAGACGACAGCAGAACUCGAACAAGAAAUCUGGUACAAGAAAUCUUCCCACAAGAAUCCUCAUGUUUGCGAUAUGUUUCUUUCGGCUCAAUGUUCUAUCGAGUCAUAACUUUUUUCCCGACAAGAUGGGGAUGGAGACUGUGAACCAGACAUCUGUCCACGCGAGAACUUUGAACAGUGCGAAUAGAGUGAUGGGAUGGCAUGGGGAUUCACCAGUAUCUGUACUGAAAGCAAUUUAACAAAACACCUGUCU